CUAAAUAAUAAGAACACAGGUAGUCUACAAGUUCGUUAUCGUCUAAUCUUCUCUGAUACUAAUUUCCCUCCCUUAUUCUCCAUAACCAAACCUUCGGACAAAAAUGGCCAUGGCCAUUCCCACCAUGGCAUUCUCACCUUCACCUCCUCACAAUCACAGCCUCUAUCCACUUCGUAAAACCUCUUCCCCACCUCUGUUUCACUGUACUUCACCACCCACUUUAACCACCUCUCAACCUAUUCCCAAAUCCCCAUUAUUGAACAACACCAGAAUUCAGUGUGUUAAGGAAGAACGAGCUUCUCGAACUCCUGGUGUCGAUCCCAAGGCUGGAGUUUCUCUCUACAAACCUAAAUCGUACGAUGUUCUCGUCACUGACGCCGCAAAGUCUCUUGCUUUUGCUCUAGAAGAUGGAAAGACCCGUUUGGAGAUUGAUUUCCCGCCCUUGCCAAGCGACAUAUCUUCGUAUAAGGGAUCUUCAGAUGAAUUCAUUGAUGCCAACAUUCAAUUGGCCUUGGCUCUUGUGAGGAAGCUCCAGGAAAGAAGGGAAACCAGAGCCUGCAUUGUGUUUCCUGAUAAACCAGAAAAGCGCAGGGCCUCAGAGUUGUUCAGAACAGCCAUAGACUCGAUUGAUGGUAUAACUAUAGGUUCCUUGGAUGAUAUUCCUGGUGAUGCUGUCAGUUCAUUCUUCAGAUCGAUAAGGAACACACUCGAUUUUGAUUUUGAAGAUGAGAAUGAAGGUCGUUGGACAUCCACCGAGCCUCCUUCUCUUUAUAUAUUUAUUAAUUGCAGCACGCGUGAACUCGGUACAAUAGAGAAGUAUGUGGAAAAGUUCGCCAUGUCAACCCCAACACUUCUAUUUAAUCUUGAACUCGAGACAUUACGUGCUGACUUGGGUCUUCUGGGAUUUCCACCCAAAGAUCUGCAUUACCGAUUUCUUUCUCAAUUCAUUCCAGUGUUCUACAUUCGAAUUAGAGAAUACUCAAAGACAGUAGCAGUGUCCCCUUAUAUUGUUAACUACAAUGGAGCACUGUUUCGCCAAUACCCCGGGCCAUGGCAAGUAAUGCUUAAACAAACCGACAGUUCUUUUGCUUGUGUGGCUGAGAGUACUACACGAUUCACUCUAGGCGAAACAAAAGAAGAAUUAUUGAGAGUCUUAGGACUACAAGAGGAACAAGGCAGCUCACUCGAGUUUCUUCGUAGAGGCUACAAGAGUGCUACUUGGUGGGAAGAAGAUGUUGAGUUAGAAGCUUCUUCGGAAUGGCGUAGUUGAGCAGGAUCAACAACCAAAGAUAUCGAAAAUGCGUCUGUGUAUUCCUAUGAAUCUGUGACAACCAUACUGGUAAUUUUACAAGAUAUAUCAACACUUUGAAAUAUAGUUAAUUCUUUUAUGGUUUGAAAGGAGAGAUGCUGUAAUCCUUAAAAUCUUAACUCUAUUGGGAAGAGCCAUAUGAUUUGUAAAUUCAUUUGUUUAUUUUGGUUUUUCUCUCUCAAGGUAAAUUCAUUGGAAGUAAUUAUAAGCUUUGAGUUUAAGAUGCUUAAA